AAAGUGAAAGAAGCGUAAGCCAUCCGCUGUGGAAGACAUUACCACUUAAUCCAAACUGUAUAGGGUCAGUCACAAUAAUCUUACCAUCCAUUCAUACCAACUCCGAAUCUCCAAACAUUCCUCAUGACACCACAAGCAGACGACGGUCUCGAUCUACCUGCAUCGCCAGAUGUUGAUGUUCUGGUCAUUGGAGGCGGCAACGCUGGAUUCUGCAGUGCCAUAUCGGCAGCAGAGUCUGGAGCCAAGCGUGUCCUACUCAUCGACGCGUGUCCUGAGAACUGGGCUGGAGGCAACUCAUACUUUACCGCGGGAGCUUUCAGAACUGUCUACCAUGGCUUGCAAGACCUACUUCCAAUUGUAAACAAUGUCGACGAGGCCACAGCGAAAAAGAUUGACAUGCAACCUUAUACGACGGCCGACUUCAAUGCCGACAUUGAUCGAAUCUGCAACGGUCGCUCAGAUCCAAAACUCGCCAAUCUUCUUAUCAACGAGUCCAACGACGCAGUCAAGUGGCUAGCCAAGAAUGGUGUCCGAUUCCAGCUCUCGUUCAACCGUCAAGCAUACGAAGUCGACGGUAGAUUCAAGUUCUGGGGCGGCAUGUCGCUCAAGACACAGGACGGCGGGAAAGGCCUCAUUCAAGAUCAUCUCAGGGCCGCCCGUGCACUCGGCAUUAAGGUCCUCUUCUCCACCCCAGCCAAGCGUCUCGUCCUCGACCACAAAACCGGUGCUGUCAGGUUUGUCGUAGUACAGGCGUCGAAUGGCCUGGAGCGGGAGAUCAGCACCGGGUCCGUCAUUUUAGCCGCUGGAGGUUUCGAAGCCAACCCGAGGAUGAGGGCGCAGUACCUGGGUCCCAACUGGGACAUUGCCAAAGUGCGUGGCACGCCGUACAAUACCGGCGCAGUCCUGGAAUUGGCCAUGCGCGAUGCCCACGCGAAGCAGGUCGGCAACUGGUCUGGCUGCCACUCUGUCGCAUGGGAUGCCAACGCUCCAGCUCAUGCAGGAGAUCGUCAAAUCUCAAAUGAAUUCACCAAAUCAGGAUAUCCACUUGGCUUGAUGCUUAACACUCACGGCGAGCGCUUUGUCGAUGAAGGCGUCGAUCUCCGCAACUAUACUUACGCCAUUUUCGGAAAAGCUAUUCUUGCACAACCCGAUAAUGCCGCCUUUCAGGUUUGGGACGCGCAAACCACCCCGUGGCUCCGUGAUGAGGAGUACCGUGACGAGCGUGUGGAGAGGAUUGUGGGCCAGACGAUUGAGGAGUUGGCGCGCAAGUGCGCCGAAAAAGGCCUCAGGAACCCGGACAAGUUUCUCGAAACCAUUCGGACCUAUAAUAAUGCUGUCGAAGCCUUCAGGGCUGAAAAUCCCGACCUCAAGUGGGAUCCACCUAUCAGAGACGGUCUGUCGACACAGUCCAGCAAGCAACGCCUUCCGCUUGCCAAGUCCAACUGGGCUUUGUCGCUCACUCAGGGUCCGUUUCUAGCGGUCAAGGUCACUUGCGGUGUCACGUUCACAUUUGGCGGUCUUGCGGUCGACCCAGAAACGGCUGGCGUCAUUUCAGCGGCAACCAACACUGUUGUCCCAGGCCUGUACUGCGCUGGAGAAAUGCUGGGAGGUCUAUUCUACGACAACUACCCAGGAGGCAGUGGUCUCACCUCUGGAGCUGUGUUUGGACGCCGGGCAGGAAAAGCAGCAGCAGAAAGGGCCAGCCAGAGUACUUUUCUUCCAGCAAGGUUGUAAUAUGUUGCUUACGAGAUGUGGUUGUAUCACGGAGGCAGUCAAUAGAGUAUCUGAAGCGGAUUCAACAAUAGAGCUAAACAAUGAAUCAACGUCUAGUCAUGUGUUUGCAAUAUUAAGUCAUAUUAUGGCUCCAUUUAUACCUGGUG